AUGUCAAGAGAGUUGCUCACAACAUCGCUCAGGUGUAUCCCGCUGCUAAGGAGCAACAAGGACAUCGCUGUCAUCCCUGGAGGACACGAGAGCACACGGGAGUUUGCAGAGUUCUGUAAGGAAGUGCUGACGCUCAAGGACGAGCAGAUUGUAUACACUGACGAUCAGCAGCGAUCGUUCAACGAGUCCCUUGGAAAUUUUACAGACAGCGUGAAGGACAGAGUCCUCUCCUUUGCCUCCAAGAGCCAAGAUGAGGAAUGGCUGCUCAUUCCAUUCUCUAUAACGUCCAGAUUGAGAGACCUGGAGGUGGUCCUGAAGAGACAGCUGGGGACGAAAAACAUCAAAAUCGUCGGAGAGAGCAAAGAAUGGAUGUCAAGAUUUGGAAAUCGGGGAGUGAUACACCGACACGUUUCUGACCUCGACAAACUAUCGAUCAUCGAAGAACUGGGGCUAGACAUCACCGUCCCGAGGGGCUUCACUUGUUCCGAUGACAAGCAGUUGCUUGUUGCAUUUCGACUGUUGACUGACGGAGAUCCAAACGUGCAAGUUGUGAUCAAGCCUAUCCUGAGCAGUGGCCAAGGAAUGCUGUUUUAUGACUUCCCAUACGGUGAUGUCAUUCUCCAAGAAUAUCUACAAGUGGACAGGUCGCCAGACGGGAUGCACGUCAGCCCAACAGUACAGUACAUGCAGAACGACCUGUUGGACGGGCGUCCCUGCGAACGGAUUAUCAUGGGUUCAAUGACUUAUGGCUUACGCUCUUGCACUGCAACACAAGAGUUUAUGGACAAGAUAUCACAACAUUCAAGCCGACUCGUGGAAGCGAUUGCGCCGUCGGGGAUGGGAGCUUUUGCCUUCACCUCAGUCGAUGGCAAGCCGUACUUGACAGAUGCUCAUGCCGGCACCCUGUGCAUGGAGCACUUCACCAAGUUGUUCCAUGAGAUGUACGCGAAGGACGCUCGGUUCUGCUCGUGGAACUUCUAUCCGCAUCCGGGAAUGGACGUUUGGACAUUGUGGACAAGACUGUGUGAUCGCAACAUUGCUUUCAUGCCGGGCAAGUCAAAGCGUGGGGUAUUCCCGCUCCUAUUCUUGAAGAACACAACAGCAACUCUGAUCAGCAUCGGAGUCGAUGACGCAGAUGUCUCUCUCCUGCGAUCGCAGGCCGAGCAUGUUAUGCGUCUGGUAGACCUCAGCAACAAGAUUGAGUCUGUUGCUCUCAGUGAGAAUCGCCGGCAGCUUUGGAUCCAAAGUCCCAGGCCAGAGUACAAGCUCGUGACCCAGAGGUACAACCUUCCCAACAGGUGCAUCGGAUUGCUGCGACCAGGUGUGGAUGUCAUCGUCUUGCCUGGAGGACACGAGCCCACCAGGGAGUUCUGGAGUUUCAUGAAGGAUGUGUUGGACCUCGGAGAAGACCAGGUUAUCUUCUCGUCCGGAGAUUCCUACUGUCUGGAUGACGACAUCAACGAGACGAUCCUGUCAAGGCUGAGAAGCAUCAUACAGUCGUCGGGGAACUCGUGGACCCUUGUCCCCUACAUGGUUACGUCCAACUUCCAGCGGUGGGCAUGUCAGCUUGCUGAUCUCGAUGUUUCCGUCUUCGGGGAGGACCUGGAGUGGGUGCAGAAGUUUGGAUCGAAGGGCAUCUUGCACCGCCAUGUACGCAGCCUUGACACUCCUUCCAUCAUCGAGGAGAUCGACCCCAACAUCCGGGUUGCACGAGGAUACGGCUGCUCCACAGUGGACGACUUGGUGGAGGCCUACAAGCUGCUGGACUGCAAGGAGGUUGUGAUCAAGCCGGUGUUCGGGGCGGCUGGAGAAGGAAUCAUCUUUUGCAGCGAGCUCGAGCAGCUCAAGAUGUACGACUUUCCCAUGGGCGAUGUUUGCUUGGAGGAGUUCCUCGACCUUGACAAGGCGCCGGACGGUCUUGUCUUGUCCCCCGCCAUGCACUACAACGAGGGGGUACUCAUCGGCAAGGGGUUAGUGGAUCAGAUCAUGGUGGGAACAAGCUACAUGGGAUGGAGAAAGUCAGGGGCAACCAAGGUCUUCCAGAAGACAGCCAAUCGAUACAUGCAAAACGUCAUCCAGGCGACCAAGCCGAGGGGACCAGGAGGCGUCGAUUUCCUUUCAGUCAACGGCCUUCCCGUCCUUUCCGACAUCAACACAGGGCGAUUCAAUGGCGCUCAUUUCCCGAAGCUGUUUCAGGCUCGCUAUGCGCCUGACAGCUCGUUCUACUGCUGGAAGACAGCACCGGCCCUUGACUUUGACGUGUACGCCUUCUGGAGCAGGUUGGUCUCCAACGGCAUCGCUUUCAUUCCCGGCAAGUCCACGAGGGGCAUCUUCCCUCUCCUGUUCCUCCGAGGUCUUUCAGGCCUGUACGUUGCCUUUGGGGACACAAACGAAGAAGCGGAGGCCUUAGACGAGCACGCAUGCAUGGCGCUGCAUGACAAGGCGAACAACCUGCUGAAGCCUUCGGUCCCUCCUCUCCCCGUCGUCUCUCAGCAGAUGCAGUCCCGCUUCAAGCUCACCCUUAUCAAGAACGCCGAGGCGAUCUUUGCUCCCGAGGUCAUCAACGCCAAACACAUUCUAGUCGGUGGUACGCAGCUGCAUUCGUUUCAAUCUGCUUCUCCUUCAACUGGAUGGCUGAUAUGUCCCUCACCCUUCCCUUCUCGCCCCCUCCACCCCCCUCGCCCCCUUCCUUCUCUCCUGCCCCUGAGACCCCCGGCAGGUCUGACGACGGUCGUCGGCGUGCUGGGAACGGACUGCGUUAGCAGGAGCCUUGAGAACCUCUUGACCAAGUGCCGGGGCCUCAACGAGGACGGCAUCACCGCAUACAUGUGGACAGGAGCCUAUCGCAUCCCCGCGCCCAACAUCACUGGCUCCGUACGACGAGACAUCUGCCUGCUGGAGCAGUGCAUCGGGGUCGGGGAGUGUGCCAUCUCCGACCACAGGGGCUCCCAGCCCUCCUCUGAGCGCAUCCUCGACGUUGCGUCCGACUGUCGGGUGGGAGGGCUGCUGAGCGGGAAGGCCGGAGUCAUGUACUGCCACAUGGGGUUCGGGGAUGGGCUGCUGCAGCCGCUGUGGAAGGCGAUGAAGGAGAGCGAUAUACCCAUUACGACCUUCCUGCCCACCCACAUGGAGCGAUCGGAAGCCCUAAUCGAGGACGGAGCAAGGUGGAUCCGCAAGGGAGGCUACGUCGACUUCACCUGCCGCACCGUCAAGGCUCGUCUCGCCCUCCGCAAGUACCACCAGGAGGGGCUGCCCAUGGACCACGUGAUGGUCUCCUCCGACUCCUACGGCUCCCUCCCGUCCUUCGACGACGACGGCAACCUCGUCCGCUACACCUACGGCCACCCCAAGGCCUUCCUGCAGUUCAUUUGGAAGAUGUACUUCCAGGAGCAGUGGCCCCUCGAUCGGAUCCUCCCGCUCGUAACCAAGAACCCGGCCAAGUUCCUGAAGCUCAAGGGAAAGGGAGAGAUCAGCGUGGGCUCUGACGCCGACGUUCUCCUCCUCGACAAGAACACUCUCAAGCUCAAGUCCGUGCUGGCCAAGGGAGAGGUCAUGAUGACCCCCAAGUGGGUCCACCAGGGCAUGUUCGGCACCCCCAACCCAGAGAAGGUAGGGUCCAAGCCGAAGCGAAGCCACUCCUUCAACAAUAACACCUCAUGCUGCUAG